AUAAUUUUAGCAUAUAAGGCUGGCACGCUACAAUCAUACCGGGGCACCUUUGUCGAUGUUUAUCGGGAGAAAAACAUCGCGAGCAGAGAAAAUGGCAUCGAAGAUAUUCAAGCUUUUGUUGAUUAUACAUAUUGUGGUGCUUUGUGUCUGUGCUAAGAGUAUCGAAAACUCCAAAGGAACGGAUAAGGAGGCAGAAAGUCCAAAGUUGGUGUCAAACAAACUCAAAGAUUCCGAAAAAAUUCUAUGGCCAUUAAUUUGGGAUUCAAAAAAUCCGAAGUUGGUGUCAAACAACCUCAAAGAUUCCGAAAAAAUUCUAUGGCCAUUAAUUUGGGAUUCAAAAAAUCCGAAGUUGGUGUCAAACAACCUCAAAGAUUCCGAAAAAAUUCUAUGGCCAUUAGUUUGGGAUUCAAAAAAUCCGAAGUUGGUGUCAAACAACCUCAAAGAUUCCGAAAAAAUUCUAUGGCCAUUAAUUUGGGAUUCAAAAAAUCCGAAGUUGGUGUCAAACAACCUCAAAGAUUCCGAAAAAAUUCUAUGGCCAUUAAUUUGGGAUUCAAAAAAUCCGAAGUUAGUGUCAAACAACCUCAAAGAUUCCGAAAAAAUUCUAUGGCCAUUAAUUUGGGAUUCAAAAAAUCCGAAGUUGGUGUCAAACAACCUCAAAGAUUCCGAAAAAAUUCUAUGGCCAUUAAUUUGGGAUUCAAAAAAUCCGAAGUUGGUGUCAAACAACCUCAAAGAUUCCGAAAAAAUUCUAUGGCCAUUAAUUUGGGAUUCAAAAAAUCCGAAGUUGGUGUCAAACAACCUCAAAGAUUCCGAAAAAAUUCUAUGGCCAUUAAUUUGGGAUUCAAAAAAUCCGAAGUUGGUGUCAAACAACCUCAAAGAUUCCGAAAAAAUUUUAUGGCCAUUAAUUUGGGAUUCAAAAAAUCCGAAGUUGGUGUCAAACAACCUCAAAGAUUCCGAAAAAAUUCUAUGGCCAUUAAUUUGGGAUUCAAAAAAUCCGAAGUUGGUGUCAAACAACCUCAAAGAUUCCGAAAAAAUUCUAUGGCCAUUAAUUUGGGAUUCAAAAAAUCCGAAGUUGGUGUCAAACAACCUCAAAGAUUCCGAAAAAAUUCUAUGGCCAUUAUUUUGGGAUUCAAAAAAUCCGAAGUCGGUGUCAAACAACCUCAAAGAUUCCGAAAUGAUUUGAUAUAGUUUAAAUUCAAACUAUUCCGAGGACCUGAUGUACAUGCAACUAUGGAUAACCCCUGAUUCAGUUAACUGCUCAAUUUGAUCACAGACAUUCAAAAAGAUUUGAUUCUAUAAUAUUUUUGAUCAAUUAUAUUCGUGUAUUCAGAGGCUUAAAUAUAUAUCCCAGAAUAAUAUACAAUGCAUCGAA